AUGGGUUUAUGCAAGCAUAUUUAUUCAAGAGGACUAAUUGAAGGCAGCGGAAGCGACGUCACAAUUAGGGUAUUUGACAAAGAUUAUCAUUUGCACAGGAUUAUUCUAUAUCAAAAUUCAUAUUUCUCGAGUCUAUUGGAAGGACCGUGGAAGGAGAGCGGGGCCAAAAUCAUCGAAUUGAAGUUUGACGACGAGAAUAUCACUCCAGAAGCGUUCAAAAUCGCCCUCUCCCGUCUCUACGGUCGUCUAGACGAAACUAUUUCCCCUAGCCAAGUUCUCUCUCUUCUCGCAACGGCUUCCUUCCUUGACCUUCAAGACUUGUGUGAGAUGUGCGUAGAAGUCAUCCUCCGUGACAUAAAAGAUAAUACAGUUGUCCACUAUCUGAUCUUUGCGACAUCUCAUUUUUACGGAACACAUUCAGAAAAAAUUACCGAAGCAUGCUUUACUUUCCUGUGCAGAGAAGGUUACGACAACCCAAAAUUGGAGCAAGCUUUCUUGGAUCUACCUGCCGAAUGGAUGAAGAGGGUGAUUGAAAGUGACGCAUUUUGGGUUCCGACGGAAUAUGAUAGAUAUAUUUUUGCCAGGAAUAUCGUACAGAAACGGAGGGCACGCGCAUACCGCAGACAGCAAAAAUCUGAUUAUACUUAUGCCGAAGAAUCAAACGCGACACCGGACACUCGAACAACCGAAAUCAACGCUCCGUCUUCCCCAACAACAAAACGCCGCCCCCCAUCACCCUUCACAUAUCAUACUCGUUGCUCGUCUUCAUCUUCCCCUUCGCCCUUAUAUCAAUCUCCACCUCAAAUGACAGACCCUGACGAAACAAUAUAUACCGCUAUAUUCACGUAUGGAAUAUAUUAUGCUCACAUGACGUUCGAAGAGCUAAAAUUCAUUCUCCGUGACCGAGAUGAAAUAACGCAGCUUCCAUUUGCGCCCGAACACGUUCCCAAGGAAGCUCUUUGGCAGCAAAUCGAUCUUCGCAACAAGAUCGAAAACGCAUCCGAAAGCGAAAUUACUCUCUCUAUUUCAUCCAUGGAAAUUCCGCCAAAUUCUUCCGGCAUGCAUUUUGAGAUUCCGAGCGAUGAUACUACGCAUAUCGGAGAGGCUUUGACCGGGUUGGAUGAUAUGAUUGGAGGCGGAACAAAGUCUAUGAAAGACGGUGCCGGAAGGGGUACCGUAGAGUAUUCGCUUUUCGCGCCGUUUAGGUUUUCGGUUGAAUUUGCUGACGUUGCAAAGUUGAAGGAGAAGCAGAGGGUCUAUUCAAAAACUAAGUUUUACGCUGGUUCAAACUGGAACAUGUACAUUCAGAAGAUAAAAACACCUCGUAAGGGGAUUCAACUUGGUGUUUACUUACACCGUCAUUCCAUGCCAGACCUCUCCGCAUCUUCAUCUUCUCACCCCUCAUCCACUCCAACGAAAACCUCUCCCGACGAUACAUGUACGCAACAACUGUCAACAAAAAUAAAUCAAGAAAAGAGCUUUUCAAGAUAUGCGGAUAAGAGGAAGACAGUUAGGACUUGGUUUAAGAUUUUUUGCCCGGCGAGAGGGCCAAGCCAUGGUUUGACACAGUUCCAAAGCAGUCCGGACAACUUUGCUUUGAUGCAGAGCUGGGGCUGGAAAAGCUCGAGUCUAUGUCAAGACGACUACCUUCUUGAUGUACGUGAUUAUGAUGGAUCUUCGGGUAACUCAUGUCAAAGCGGAUCUUCAUCUACUUUGAAAUUCUCCGUUGUUAUGGGACAUGUAUGA